UUAGGUUAGAUUUUGGCGUCGACAUCUGUCGUCAAAUUUCCAACUUCGAUAUCUGCAAAUUUUCAAUUUCUUUCACUUGAUUCCAAAAAGAAAUUAUCAAUUAAUUAACAAUUAUAAAAAAAAUGACAGACCCAGCAACAGAAGUAAAUCAAGAAAGAGUCUACGGAGGAUGCGAAGGACCCGAUGCUAUGUACGUAAAAUUAAUUUCAUCAGAUGGCCAUGAAUUUAUAGUUAAAAGAGAACAUGCCCUUACUUCUGGUACAAUUAAAGCAAUGUUGAGCGGUCCAGGACAAUUCGCCGAAAACGAAGCUAACGAAGUUAAUUUUAGAGAGAUUCCGUCUCAUGUACUUCAAAAAGUCUGUAUGUACUUCACAUAUAAAGUUCGUUACACCAACAGUUCCACUGAGAUACCAGAAUUCCCAAUAGCUCCUGAGAUUGCUCUCGAAUUACUUAUGGCUGCUAACUUUUUAGACUGUUGAAUUUAUUUAUUUGUAAAAAAUAAUAUCGGGAAUUCAUAACUCUCAAUGAUAUAAGGAUAUAUUUACUGAUGAUUAUAGGUUAUAACAUCUUUUCAAUUAUUUAUCUAAUUUCUACAAUUAAAAUGAAAAAAUUUUGGUUAGGUUAGUAUAAUAUAAUAUUUGGUUUUAUUAUUUCUUGGUUAUGAUUAACUGAAUUCAUAUUGUAUCUUGAAAGUGUACUUUUAAAUUUAAUAAAUUUCCAUCAAAAAAUCUCAAA